GCGCAGUGCAGGCGAGGAGCGGGGAGGUCGAAGCGCACUCCGGACAAAGAAGACUGCGUCUGGUGUGAAGGAGGAGGGAAGGAGAAAGAAGAAACUGAUAGAUACAAGGAGAUCCUAAUUUUUUGCUCGACGGAUGGUGCUCAGAAUAUAAUCUCGGGCGGGCCGAAGUUGAUUCAUUACCGAUGAAGUAGUAAUUUUCUAGGUUGAAGACAGCACAGCGGGCGUUUGGUUUUCAAGGUUGUAUUUUUCUCUGUUUGGCACUUGCAAAUCCUGGAGAAUUGCGUGAGGUUUGGUCUGUUCUGGAGUUUCAUCCAAAGGAGUGAUCGACUGGUGGAAUCAGUGUCGAGUGAAGAGCCUCCUAUAGUGAAUUACGAUACCAAUUCAGAUCUGUUGGCAUCUCGAAAGUGCUGAUCUUGCUCCUAGCCUGUUGAACAUAUAUAUUCUUAUUCUUUUAUUUUUGAGCUAUUAGGAAAAUUCUUUGCUGAUUCUUUAUACGGUGCUGCAGUUUACUGAAGAGUACAGCACUUCGUAAAAAGUUCUAAGCCUCCUCCAGUCUCUAAUAUCGAACUGGAAAGCGAUUGUGAGCAAUAGGGUUGUUUGACAAUUUGUUGGAGUUCCAUGCCAGUUCCAAGGCCACACACUGCAUCAGCUACUGGUACAAAUACAUUUGAACCGCGACAAACUACUACUAUGCAGGGCGUUUUCGUUGUUUUGGCAGACUUGGACAUCGGCUCGAACACAGAGGAUGCUCGAGCGAAUGAUCGUCCAUCGACAAAUGCGCGAAGCACUGGAAAUGUGAACUCAGACGUGCCGAUGCUGAUCGAAACUCUGUUGCAACGAUCGAACCCUACGAAUAGAGCCAACACAGACACUCGCAACAGCAACCCUUUCUUGGCAAAUGUGGGUCAGCCAAUGGUUUUUCGGCUUCCACCACCUGGUCCUGGAUACAAUUUCGCUUCUACCUCGCGUCGCAGUAGCUCUGCCUCAAAUAAUGAGACUGGAGCUCGGCCCAGAAAUCGUAGCCGUACUGAGGCAAGCACACAAGCUACAAACACCAAUCCCAGAGAAAGAACUUUAAGUUCCAUGCUUCAACGUUCCGGUGUUUCUGCCUUGCAUCAAACUUUCCGUUUUGGAUCUACAACAGGCACUGAGUCAAGCGCACAAACCGGUGCCACCGAUGCCUCUUCACAGACAUCUACCCAACCUCAACGGAUGCACCAGUUUAUCCAGAGGACCCUUAACCACUUCUCUGCUGAAGCACUAAUUACGGAUUUCAUACGUCAUGCAAUCGAAGCUCAUCGCAGUCGUGGGAAUCCACCUGCAUCAGACUUCGCAAUCAACAAGCUUGAUGAAUCUAUCAUUGUUGAGGCGCUGGAUGCGGGAUGUAUUGUUUGUCAAGAUGAUAUGGAAAUAGGGGCCGUAAGCCUCAAGAUGCCUUGUGGCCAUCAUUUUCAUCGUGCUUGUUUGGUGCCUUGGCUUGCUGAGCACAACACGUGUCCGAUCUGCAGAUGCGAAAUAGAAUCCAACUGCCCAAGGUACAAUCAGGCCAAUUACAGCAAAUUGAAAGGAGAACUAUGCAGCGAGACGAUUUCGAGGCACAAGAGUGGUGGAUUAUCCAACUUUCCUGAGGCUCCUCGUAUUGCUCAGUUGCAAGGGAGAUGGUUGUCAAGCACUGACGGUAUUGACGCAUCGAUCAUGUCUGGUUCCGGACCUCGGUCAGUUCGCAUGACUUUGAGGAUGCCGGUUGCCUCAAUUGGUGCCGCUUUGCAAGCUGUGCGACAAAAUUCUAGCAACACAGAUCGGUCCGGUAUCGCCGCGGAGUUCUUUGCAUCUCAACGAAUGGGCGGACAGAAUGAAAAUAGACAGGGUCACAGUCAAAAUGUUCCCGAUCCUAUUCCUCCCACUGUUGCAUCAACAUUUGAUGCCAUUCCCAAUCGAAAUUCUGAACCUUCGGUUGCGAACAAUCAAAGUGCGCGAGGGCGCAAGAGGAAGUCGGAAGAUUCGGUUAACCAUGUCUCUCAUGUCAACGUGGAGAGCUCUCGUAGAAAGCGGGUUUACAAGCGUGACAAUCUGCCUCAGGAAGCAGAGGGGACAGCAAAUGCCUCUCGAGCUGCAGGGCAAGGUGUAGUUUCUGAUGCAGACUUGCCCAUCUCGUCAAGAACCCGUGGGGCAUCCCAUGGGGCACAGAAGAAGCAGUAGUACAUCCCUUCUAUCGUAACAUGAAACCAUCACGCUGCACUGUAUGUACAUUACAGUGUUUUGUGUGUUUGUUAGGAUCUCGAUCCACCUGUAACAAUGUCACAUAAUAUUUGACACGGAGGUUGGGAGACAUCCCGCAUUUAUUUUACAACGCUUCUCUGCAUUAGUAAAUCCCUGAUCCACAUUC